AGAGGCUGUGCGGGGAAACAGUUUUGAGUGUUGUGGCCCGAGAGACAAUAAAAAACAUCACGUUCUCAACCAGCGACUCCGGACCGUUUUGUCCUGCCACAAUAUAUAUAUAAAAUUUCCCUUUUAUCUUGAACGUCUGGUCCAUAGUUAUGUUGAUUUAUAUUCAAAUAAAAUGCAUAUACAAUGAAAUAGGUUUCAUGGCAUAUUUACACUUCUUAAUAUCUUUACUUACAUUUAAUCUUUUUCGGUACAUUUUGUCCUUGUUACUUAAUAUAUAUUUUGGAUAUUUUUCUGUCGUGUUUUGUAGUCAUCGCUGUCUUUCUUUUGAUGGUGGUCCCUCAGUUACAGUUACAGUUACAGAUGCGAAUGUGGCCCUUCAGGAACUUUUAGUUGCCCACCUCUGAUCCAGACAUUAGCUGACCGCGGGAAAAGGUGGCAUCUUUCAAAACCAAUCCUGUUUAAUGUCACUCACCUGUAGUUGAUGGUGGGGUGGUCCAGAAUCGAGGUCUGGUCGGCCAUGCAGUGGUGGGCCAUUGUUGGGACGCAUUGACAGUGGGAUCCGGCGAGUAAUAUGGAGGGUAGAAGGUGACUCCCCCACCUCCAUAAGUUGCCAGCGUCACCAUCUUCCCAACCAAGUUAUUUCUUGGAGAGGCUAAAGAAGAUAAGAAGAAGAGUCACAAUAACAACAACCCAAUGGCCAAUCUCCCCAUCGGUCGCAAUGUUCACUUAAGUAGGAUUUAUUCAUGAUUUAUGAUAUAUUUAGAAUGAUUUUGUUUUCAUGACUCUUCAAAUAUGUUUCACCUCAACAAAACUAUCAUGCCCCACUUUUAAACUGUUAAUUUAACUGUAUAAUUUAACGUCUGAAUAUCAAAAAUUCUCUCCGGUGGAUUCAGAAUUCACGAUUUCUAAAUGUUACAUCUGAAUUCAUCAGGUUCUUCUUAGAUCCACUCACUCUUAAAUGGAUUUAUUGCUUUCACAACCAGAAUAUUCUAACUUAAAAGUGAUCCUUCACCUUCACCUUCUUCUGCCGCUUAUCCGGGGUCGGGUCGCGGAGGCAGCAUUCGGAGCAAGGAAGCCCAAACUUCCCGGUCCGCACAAACCUCCUCCAGCUCUUCCCGGGGGAUCCCGAGGUGUUCCCAGGCCAGACCGGAGACAUAAUCUCUCCAGCGAGUCCUGGGUCUUCCCCGGGGUCUCCUCCCGGUAGGACAUGCCCGGAACACCUCCCCAGGGAGGCUGCCAGGGGGCAUCCGGAUCAGAUGCCCGAGCCACCUCAACUGGUUCCUCUCGAUGUGGAGGAGCAGCGGCUCCACCCCGAGCUCCUCCCGGAUGACCAAACUCCUCACCCUAUCUCUAAGGGUGCGCCCAGCCACCCUGCGGAGGAAACUCAUCUCAGCCGCUUGUAUCCGCGAUCUCAUCCUUUCGGUCACUACCCAAAGCUCGUGACCAUAGGUGAGGGUGGGAACGUAGAUCGAUCGGUAAAUCGAGAGCUUCGUCUUGUGACUCAGCUCUCUCUUCACCACGACGGUCCGAUACAGCGACCGCAUCACUGCUGCCGCUGCACCAACCCGUCUAUCAAUCAAUAAAAGUGAUCCACCUUUUUUUAAACCAUAGCCUCGUGGCAAGAAGGUUGCAGGUGUCUCUUCCGUGGUCACCCUCAAAGCACUGCUGUGUGGAAUGGUGGUGGAGUGAGAAAAGCAGCCUACCUGUAGUUGGUGGCCACCGGGUCGAUUCUUUCGCCAUCACAGCUGACAACUGGACUGCCAGCAAGAGCACAGCGACAGCUUUCCCCGACAUGGUGAGCCUCUGCCGUCCAGCUCCUGCGUCGAAGUGUUUGUCACGACAACCCUCCGCGAGCUGAGAAAUGAAACCUAUGAGGACUUCCUGGCAACGCCCACCCACUUGGAUUUGAACCAGUGUUUUUUUCAGUCAGUGCAACACAAAGAUUGUUCAGCCACAUUGAAAUGCAAACGUGCAUAUGCGGAUUGAACACAAAAACUCUUUAUGACACAUCCAUGAAGUGAGGUGUCAUGGUCCUGUCUUCCAUUCAGAGCUUUCUAUUACUUUACUAGUUCAACUGUUUUUUUUGUUUUUUUUUGGGGCUACGCCAGAUGCUUCCUCAGUCACUUGGCUCCUAAGAGAAAAACCUCCCUCUCAAAUGUGAACUAAUUUUCACAUAAAAAUCUGGAUUUUCUACUAUUGUUUCCCCUUCACAAGGUUUCAGUGGUGACAACUCGCGCACGCACACACACACGUUUGUUUUGCAAUUUUUGUGAGGACCUCUCAUUGCCAUAAGGCUUUGCCCUUCUCCCUUAACUUAACCAAAUGGCUCACCUUAACCAAAAGUUAAUUUUCUUUCCACAAUAAUGUACAUGCACGACCCCAUCUUGACAGAAAAAAAAAAAAAAAAAGAUAUUCAGGUAUCCAAAUCACAUUUUUGAGCUAUAACAGCCAUGAGUCUUCUUGGGAAGUUUUUCACACCUGGAUUUAGGGGUCCUCUGCCAUUCUUCCUUGCAGAUCCCCAUUCUCUUCCAGGAUUUCUCUGUACUUAGCUGCAUUCAUUUUCCUGUCCUGACAGCUUAAGGAAACAGCUUGGUUUCCUCUCUACAUACCACGUAGAAUUGAGGCCAAAAAGUUCAAUCUUGGUCUCAUCAGACAAGAGAAUCUUAUUCUUCAUAGUCAGGGAGUCAAUGUGGACUUUGUCUUGCACUGAGCAGAUGCUUCCCUUGAGCCACUCUGCUGUAAAGCCCCAUUUGGUGGUGUGCUGCAGGGAGUAGUGGAAAAUAGACUAAGGCCAGAAGUGAGCAUAUGUGAGCAACAGUUUGGCUUCAUGCCAAAGAAGAGCACCACAGAUGCAGCGUUUGUUUUGAGGAUGUUCAUGGAGAAGUACAGAGAAGGUCAGAAGGAGCUCCAUUGUGUCUUUGCGGACCUGGAGAAAGUGUACGACAGAGUGCCAAGAGAAGAGUUGUGGUAUUGUAUGAGGAAGUCUGGAGUGGCAGAGGAGUGUGUUGGAGUGGUGCAGGACAUGUAUGUCAGGUGUAAGACAGUGGUGAGGUGUGCUGCAGGUGGAACACAGGAGUUCAAGGUGGAGGUGGGACUGCACCAAGGCUCAGCUCUGAGCCACUUCUUGUUUGCCAUGGUGAUGGACAGGUUGACAGAUGAGGUUAGCCAAGAAGCCCUCGGGACUAUGAUGUUUGCAGAUGAAAUGCUCCUUUAAAGGAUAGUGUUGAAGGUAGAAAUGUGUUGCUCACGUCCUUUUAGAGGUGUUUGUGAGUUGGAGAUAAAUGUUUUAGUCAUCUUGUGUUGUGCUGGCUCUUCAGCCAAGUUAUUGCUACAUCAGCAGAACGUUGUUUGUAUCAACGUGGAGGAAUCCAGCACAGCAGGGUUGAUGACGUCACACACUUCACUGUCCCGCUUGACUCUGUACUAAUGGUCUACACAGUAACUUCCUGUUUACUCUGUGAACUGUGACCUCCACACUCUUGCCAAAGUUUCACUUAGUAUAAAAAUGUGCCGUUUAUGAAUCAUUUUAAUUUUAAAAAUAUUUUCUUUGUUGUUUUGUAUCGACGACAAAACGCCAUUUGACAUUUACCUCUAGAUCUUAUUUUUUGCUUAAGUUUGUAUAAUUGUUUUUUUAGAACUUAUUCUGUUUUCAUCACAUCUGAUGCCAGGCAUGACUGAGCUCUGGCAUACGAAAGAACCAGCUCUUGAAGGGGAGAAGUUAUAUUACAAUAUUAUUACUAUUAUAACAACUAUGAAAAUGUUAUUACUAUUUACAUGAUGAAUCCUGUGAGAACUGAGAAGCGUGUGCCGAUCAACGGAUCACUUCACUCCCUGGACACUUAAAUAAGCUGAACUGAAGUAGAAAUAAUAGAACACCUCAUUCAGCGACUCAUUCAUUUAUGUGUUUCCAACGUCUGUAGUUACACGGUACGAGAGUAUUUGAAAAUAAGUAUUCGCAAAUAUGGAUAUACGGUGACUUAGCUACCACAUAUUCAUAUUACUCGUCCGUAAAUAUACUAAUCACACGCGUGAAUAUACGCCACAUAACGCCUCCAAAAUGAGUAAAACUUUGUUUAUAUAGUUUCAUUUUGAUAGGACAAUCGUACAAUUUCCGGUUUCCGAUUGCGUCUCUCUCGGUUCCACCGUGUUCAGAGUGACAACGCCGCAAUGACAACGUCGAUCCCAACCCGACAGCGUGACAGGUCACCCGGCUCUAUAAAAGUCCAGAGCUGCGGUGUUAUUGUCGGACUCCUGGAACUUCUCCCAGCGAACGAGGCGCUCUCCCCCGGAUCAUCAUGGGCACCGUGCUCUCCUUCCUCUUGUCCAGGCUGACAGCCAAGACACCGGUCCGGAUCCUCAUGGUGGGUCUGGACGCCGCAGGUAAAACCACUCUGCUCUACAGACUGAAGCUGGCUGAGGUGGUCACCACCAUCCCAACUCUGGGUUUUAAUGUGGAGACUGUGGAGUACAAGAACAUCAGCUUCACUGUGUGGGACGUGGGCGGUCAGACGAUCAUCAGACCUCUGUGGCGACACUACUACACCAACACCCAGGGGCUGAUAUUUGUGGUGGACAGCAACGACAGAGAGAGAAUUAAAGAAGCUGCAGAGGAGCUGCACCAACUGUUGGAUGAGCACGAGCUGAAGAACGUGGCAGUGCUGGUGUUUGCUAACAAGCAGGACCUUCCCAUGGCCAUGUCCAGCAGUGACGUCACAGAGGCUCUCGGCCUAUCGCGCGUCUCACAGCCGUGGUUGGUCCAGUCGUCGUGUGCGGUCAGCGGCUCUGGACUGGCGGAAGGUCUGGACUGGCUGUCGAAGGAGAUCCUCAAACGAUAGCAAAGGGGCGGGGCCUCUGCAUUUUCCUCAUUAAUUCUGUAUGAAAGAAUGAAUUCAUCUGAAUGUAUUUAUUUAGACGAGCCUCUGCAUUGAUUGUUAUUAUAUUACGUUGUGCUUUUCUCUCUGCCUGAUCACCUGCAUAUUUGUACAAAUGACAUAAAAUGGGCGAUUCUCUGUUUUACUGUGUGGAUUCAGCCAAUAGAUAAAUGUGAUUAAAUCAUGAUAAAUGUUUAUGUUUUAAGUUAUGAUGCAAAACAAUAUGAAAAGAAUUGUAAUUUCACAUCUGUGAAAAUCAAAAUGACUGCACAUUUUAAAUGAAAAAGUCACGUACACAUGGACAGUCUUGAAAGUUAGUUCUUUAUUUGUUUUUAAAAAGCAUUUGAUGGUCCUCAACACUGGAACCUCGAUCAUGACGACAUAUUUACACCCAUGCUGCUCGCUCUCAUGAAAACAACAUCCCGAAAACCAAAUCACCAGUCUUCAGACUGAGCCGAGUCCCAGUUGAAACCAUGUCAUCAUUUCUAUUUAGUUUUUUUAAUUUCUGGAUUAAAAUGAAGAAAUGGAUCACUUCAGUGGAAUUCAAAUUUUCCCCAGAUUAUUUAGCUUUAUUCCCAUGCAGAUGUUCACAUCUCCUCAGGAGGUGAGGUAUGAUGUCGUGGUUACUGCAGCUCUACAUGCUUUCAUAAGCUUUCAUGUCAGUCACAUGGUCAGUGUUUGGAGUUGAUUUGGCAUUCCAACACACUUGGAGCGGAUUAUGUGGGCGGGGCGUGGCAACUCAGAGUUUCAUUAGAAAUGCCAACUCUUCACACUGCCCUUGAGCAAGGCUGAAAGGUGGUCCUGUUCUUGAGUGAGGGCAGUACCAUCUCCCUUUUGGCUUUCCCACCAACUCACCGACAAGAGAUGGACGGACGUCACCUGCCUCUUGACGCUCUUUCCAAAUGUCACACAAACAAACCACGAGCAGAUGAAGUCUCCACUGUAAACUCAGGAUUAGUUAAAAAAAAAAAAGCUCAAUUUAUUGUGAGCGUGACCUAGAAUUGAGUGUUUUCGGCGUGGCCUUUUGUCUGAAACAGUUGGAAACUGGUCUGAGUUCUGCAAAAACAUGAAAAUACUACUUUGAGGUUCACAGGUCUCCCAACCAAACCUGAAGGCAUCGGGUGACUCAACAGCGAUCUCUGGUGGCUGUCAAUGGGAAAUGGCCAGUGCUACCAAAAACAAAACUGAUAGAGAGAAGAAGCAACCACGGAUCCCUCUGGUUUUAUCACGCAAACACUCAGUUAAGUCGACAGGUGGCGCUACAGAGGUCGCUGCAGGUCUCAGUGAUGUUCAGUUCUGUUUGUGUAGUGAACCUUUAAACAAGUCUACAUGAAAGAAAACAGAACUCCGGAUGUGCAGCACUGACCCUCACAAACACUUCCACAAGAUCCUUGUGAAAUUCUUAACCCAAAUUCCUGUAAGAAUCUCUGGGGUUCCGCAACAGAUCCAGA